AUGGAUGACCAUAAUCUCAAUCCUCCUUCCUCAAACGAUGCUGUCCUCAACGUUCCUGGUCCUUAUCCAUGUAUUCAACAACAGGGAAAGGGGAAACAGGGCAAUAUAGUCCUUGCAUACAAGAGUUUAGGUGUGGUUUUCGGAGCUCUCGUCACUAAUCCGCUUUUCGUUUACCCUUCAAUGCAUCUGAGUUCUCCAACUGAAGAGGACUAUUUGGGACUUUAUAGUAUUAUGUUCUGGAGCCUCACUCUCAUUAGUCUUGUUAAGUACGCUAACAUUGCCAUCAAAGCUGAUGAUCAUGGCGAAGGAGGGACAUUUGCUCUAUAUUCUUUACCUUGUAGACAUCUCAAUAUUGGGUUCUUCUCUCCCAAACAGGUGGGUUUGAACUCACCUAGGGUUACUGAAUCACAGACUUGGCUUGCUAAGUUGUUGAAAAAUAGCUUCGUUGCAAGAAGGCUUUUGAUUUUCCUUAGAAUGAUGGGUACGUGUAUGCUUGUUGGUGAUGGUGUACUCACACCUGCCAUUUCAGUCUUGGCAGCAAUGGAUGGCGUUAGAGCCCCUUUUCCUUCCUUUAACAAAAGAGGGACAUUUGCUCUAUAUUCUUUACUUUGUAGACAUCUCAAUAUUGGGUUCUUCUCUCCCAAACAGGUGGGUUUGAACUCACCUAGGGUUACUGAAUCACAGACUUUGCUUGCUAAGUUGUUCAAAAAUAGCUUCGUUGCAAGAAGGCUUUUGAUUUUCCUUAGAAUGAUGGGUACGUGUAUGCUUGUUGGUGAUGGUGUACUCACACCUGCCAUUUCAGUCUUGGCAGCAAUGGAUGGCGUUAGAGCCCCUUUUCCUUCCUUUAACAAAAGAAACUGUAGCAAGGGGAAAUCGACCAUGCAUUAUCCCCGAACAAAUGCCGGUGUAUAG